AUGCCAGAGCCCUAUCUGGACAGCACGAUGGGUCUUGUCUCUCCUUUUGCAGGAGUGCACAAUCUUGAUUUGUCUCCGGAGGCAUUUUCCGACGUCAGUGGUAGUCGGCAGCUCUGGGGGCUACCCACACCUAGCGAUGGCCCCUUUGCCUCAUCUAUCUCAGAUACAGAUCUGCCCAUCAUUCGAGUUUAUCGAAAUGAAGAAGACAUUACCAACGCUUACUACAUCUACAUUCACCCUUAUCUACCACUUCUGCCUGCCGCUAUUUCACCUCAAUAUGAAGACCAGUCAAGUUUCAUUCAAGCACCAGGAGAGUCUAAUACGACCGAGCUAAAGAAAACCGAUCUGCCUUAUUGGCCAGAAUCCUCGCUGAGUCUUGCUCUAUCAGCUCUUUUAGUGCUGAUCCCACCCUCCCACGACCAAGCACCAACCAAAGGAUCGACAUUCGCUGCUAGAAGAGCCUAUGCGCAACUGUUUGCGCAAUCGGCGCUAUCAAAAAUUGAACAGGAAAUCGAUGAUUUAGGGCCGCCGUCAAGCGUCAACUUAUUUGUUAGUACGGAUCGAGGAAAUAUCUCUCUCCACCCUGAUGUGCCAAUCCAGCUUGAUCCUAUACUAGCACUAGUGACUCUUGCUGUUUAUGAGUAUGUUCAGCGUGGCAACGUGUCUCGUAUGCGAGCCCGCAUCAACCAGGCCGUGACGACGGCUAUGGAUAUCUCGCUUCAUACCCUUGGGGUAUCUUCGUCGGAGUCUCCGGAGGCUCACAGAAGGGCCUGGUGGAUGACUAUGUUUAUUGCCUACUUGUCCUCCAAUCUCCACCUUGCUCCACCAGUCAUUGCCGCCAACGACUCUCGGAUCACGACACCAUUUCCCCAGUUUGGCGUGCAUUUGGAGCCCUUUGAUCUUCUGAUGAAAGCACAAACAACCCUUUUUGCAUCCCAUCAAAUGGCGCAGAAAAUAGAAAAGUCGUCACAUGCAUCUAGGCCACCGAACAUUGGCGAUGAAAUCAGUUCCCUCGAUGCCCUCACUGUAUCUUUGAUGACCGAAUCAGAUCGUUGUCUUCGGACGACUUUCGGCUCAGAUUACGAAGAACAAAUCGCUGAAAAUCUUUGGAGGAUUGGACGAAUCAAUAUAUACACUGCUCGCAUCCGCCUUCACAGGUUUAGAGCAUUCAUGGAUAUCCCGUUAUUCCUCGAUAAAUACUGCGAUCUCACUUCAAUAAAUAGCCACGGACUAUCCUCAACACCAUCGCCAGCCUGGGUAACAGAGCGAGAAACCUCAUUUCCCUUCACUGAGGAAGAAUCUUCAAAUAUCUGCCUCAAAGCCUGUCUGGUUGUCUCAACAAUGUUCCGCAAUCUUCCAUACCCUAGCCAACCAGGCCUUGGGCCUUUCGAAAGGAGACCUGCCUACAAAACGCCCCACACAAUUCCCUAUUUUGCUUGCUCGGCAAUGCAAAGUUGCUAUACACUCCUCAUGCUCCUUCACAAGGUCCGUGCAUGCCUUGCGACAGAUCGACUAGGUACUUGUUACCAUCUUCUCAAUAAGCCCGAGCCAGCGACAGAGGCUUCAGAUGCAGAAAGAUUGGCAGAGGAACUGCGCCGUGGCGUGGAAUGUCUUGGGGCGUCGUUGAAGUCAGAUAUCAUUUUCGAAGGCGUUGGAGGCAUGGGGCACGAAAUUGAGAGUGCAUAUUUGGCCGCAUUUCCAGAAUGCCAUGAGAUCUAG